UGGCGUCUGCGGCUCCGGGCGCCUCCAGCUCCGGCUCGGGCUCCGGCUCCGGCUCCGGCUCCGGGCGCCGACCAGGUCCCCUUGGCCCCCGCCGCGCGCCGUCCAACCUGCUGCUGCGGCCGCCGCGCCCCCCAGGCUCUGCCAGCUACCCGCGCUCUGAGCCCGGGGCCAGAUUCCCAUGGAAGCGCCGCGAUGUUCGCCCCCCGGCUGCUGGAUUUCCAGAAGACGAAAUACGCUAGGUUCAUGAACCACCGAGUCCCUGCCCACAAGAGGUACCAGCCCACAGAGUAUGAACAUGCGGCCAACUGUGCCACCCAUGCUUUCUGGAUCAUCCCCAGCAUCCUGGGCAGCUCCAACCUCUACUUCCUGUCGGACGAUGACUGGGAGACCAUCUCUGCCUGGAUCUACGGCCUCGGCCUCUGCGGCCUCUUCGUGGUGUCCACUGUGUUUCACACCAUCUCCUGGAAGAAGAGCCACCUCAGGUGCCUCCCGCCCAGAGGGGACCCAUGCCGGGUAGGGGGUCGGGGCAGGAGGACCCAUGGCAGCCCGGGGGGUGAACCAGGACAUCCGGUCUGCCUGGUGACAUUCUCCACUGAGCUGGGAGGGGCUGGGCUGGGCGACCCACAGGCUGGCUUUGCAGGAGGCACAAGCCCUGCCUUAAACAGGCUGCAGUUGAGUCUCUUCAGGGCAGACCACCUCGCCCACGGGAGCCUGGUUUGCUCACUUUUUUUGUUGUUGUUUUUUGUUUUUUUUGAGAUGGAGUCUCACUCUGUAGCCCAGGCAGGAGUGCAGUGGCGCUAUCUCAGCUCAUUGCAACCUCUGCCUCCUGGGUUCAAGCAAUUCUCCUGCCUCAGCCUCCCGAGUAGCUGGGACUACAGGAUGGUGGAACACUGUCUACACAUGUUCGACCGGAUGGUCAUCUAUUUCUUCAUAGCGGCUUCCUACGCACCCUGGCUGAACCUUCGGGAGCUGGGCCCCUGGGCCUCCCACAUGCGCUGGCUGGUCUGGAUUAUGGCUUCCGUGGGCACCAUCUAUGUCUUCUUCUUCCACGAGCGGUACAAGCUUGUGGAGCUUCUCUGCUAUGUCGUAAUGGGCUUCUUUCCCGCCCUGGUCAUCCUCUCCAUGCCCAACACCGAGGGCAUCUGGGAGCUGGUGACCGGAGGGGUCUUCUACUGCCUGGGCAUGGUCUUCUUCAAGAGUGACGGGAGGAUCCCCUUUGCCCACGCCAUCUGGCAUCUCUUUGUAGCAUUUGGUGCUGGUACCCACUACUAUGCCAUCUGGAGGUACCUCUAUCUGCCCAGCACCCUGCAGACCAAGGUGUCCAAAUGAGGUGACCCAGACUCGAGAGGUCGUUUGGGCUUUAGGAGUGGAGCACGUUUCUGCGAACGUUAACCCAGAGCACAGCGCCAAGGCCUGUCUUCCCUUUAUUGGGUAGAGUUCUUGAUGGCUCCAAGGUGACUUCGGGUGACAGCCAGAUCGUCCCUCGAGUCCCCAGCGAGAAAGAAAGCAUUUAGCCAUUCUUACAGAGGAGAAAUUAACCCUGUAAUGUGUUUCUAUUUUAGAUGAGUGUUUCCUAAUACAAGCAACAUUAACAUCUUCAGAAAAGGAAGCAGGCAUGGUCCUGGAAAAUUGGGGAAUGACGGGCCAAUCUGGGUUUCCUAAGGUCCUGAGGAAUCUGGCAAAGAGUCCUGUGGGUUGUUUAUACCUGGGUGGCCAGGGCCUCCCUCUCUGUUACCAAAGUCCAGGCUGGCGUAUUGUCUCUGGUUCAGGGAAAGGGGACAGCCCAGCUUGGAGAUGAGGGAUGGUGAAUGGCUGUGACCAUGGCAGACAUCACCAGUCAAGUGCAGUACAUGGGUGAUGUCAGAAUUCUUCCCAGCACAGUGUUCUGGGCAGCCAGUACCAAUCAAUUUGGCACUCAUGAUGGGACCUCUUUGCCCUUCCUGUCUGGUGUGCUCUGAAAUGGGAUAAUGGCCAGAGUAGCUGAAAAUCUCCAAAUGGGCAUUUGCAUGCCUAUCUCCUCAUCUCCCCCUCCCUUUUGGGAAACUCCUGGAGUAGGCAGUUUGGGGGCAGUAGAGGGAAACUGAGGCACACACCCAUGCAGCCCCUGAUGUUCUGUUCCACCGUAGUUGGUUCUCAGUAGAGUUGGGAAUGAGGAUGCUGUUACUUGGCCAUUUCUUCCCAUCUCCAAAAAUCCAGAGACAUUACGAGAGCUAUUCAUUCAUAAGAUGGGGCAAACAGCCCCCAGGCACUUGCUCCCUGCUCCAUACUUAAGGUUUGUGAUGCCAACAUUUGGAUUCUCUCUUGGUGCCAAUCAGUGGCUGUUAGAGGCUACUCAGGUGUACCCCAAACGGAAGGCACAUGGAUCUGGGGAGACUGUUCCAGGUCCUCCCAACCUCUGAAGUGCUCAGUAGCCCAACAACAAGGCUGCUGGGGGCCUGUUCUUCAGCCCCCUUCAGGGCAGAGCCAGCCUCUCUGUCCAGUGCUGCCUGGACAUUUACUGGGGAGGUGAGUAGCAGGCCGAGCUCCAGGAUCUGAAUUGGAAUCUCAGAUUCUCUGGAUAAAGAAUCUGUCUCAAGUCAGGAGGUCCUCAUUCUGCGACUCCCAACCAGGGUGGAGUGGGCACAGACAGGAUGCCUUAUGCUUAUCUCUAGCACAUUCCAGGGAGUUCCAGGGUUCCUGCACCUGGAAUCCAGUGUGUCCAAGCCAGUAUUAAAUUAUCUCAACACAUUCCACAGA